UAAAAUUAACAAUAUACGGGCUUAUAGUGGCCGUCGAGCGAGUGACUAUGCGAAAUCUGUGUUUCGCGAUUUAUCGAUUCGGCGCACCGCGCAUUUAUGAGCGCACCCGGCGUAAUCACAAUCGCUGUUCGAACAACGAUCGAGCGAGUCGGGUUUAAAAUUUCAAAAAUGACCAAACACGAUUCAAGCGGGACGACGACGAUCCUCGGGCGAGCGAUAUUUCACCGUGCGGCUGAUCGCAAAAUGUCCACUGUCCUUCGAGUAACAGCAGUCUCACUGCCGUUACACUGCUCGAACUUGUCCCUCGGCGAUGGCUACUCGUGCCGACUGUUUACUGAAUUCGGAACCUGUUUGGUUAUGUUACUCCUAGCUGUAGCUGAUGCUCACGCACGAUCGACGUUGUCAAUCGCUCCGAAACUCGUGAAUUUUUUCCCGACGACUGUUCCGUUAUAUUUUAAAUUUGUUCGGGUGCAGCACAAACCUGUUACUCCUUGAGAAAGAAUAAAAACGUACCUUUCUCGUAGUCUUUAAUCGAAUUAGUCGGGCUUUUUUUUAAAUUCGAUGACAAGUGCGACACCUGACAUCUUGGAGCUUGAUACUUAAGUGCAUAUGUAACUUUUAAUUUUAUAAACAUUCGUACGAGAGAGGCGUUAACCCAAUAGUUGCCGUUUCUGAUAAAUAUGUUUUAUCAUCUGUAUGAGACUGAUAUUGCUGAUUUUGUUCAAAUAUCAUUGCACUUGAAUGAUGUAUGAACAACGUGAAUCUGCAGAAGCAUUAUUAUCCAUAAAAAAUGGUGGAUAUCCAACAGUGGAUGAGAUUAAAACUGAGAUAAUCGAAGAAGAUGCAAUGGACAUAGACGAACAUCCUAUUCCCAAUCAUUCAGUCGAUUCAGAGCCACCGAUGGAUGCAGAAGAAGCAGAACCGAUACCAGAACUGGGACCUGCAGCUUUAGGUCUACAGAGAGUAGGCACCCAACCACCUGCUAAACCGAAUCCCCCAACACAACCAGUGCAAGUCUUAAACCGUAGAGGAAUGCCAGCUAGAAUUAGGAAAAAAAACAAGUUAUUCUAUGAUGAUGUCCUGAUUAAUCAUCCUCAUCACAGAAUCAAGAAGGAUCCAUUAAGUGCAGAUGCAAAACAGUCUCCCAAAAAGUUACUUAGACCAUCUCCAGCCAAGAAGCAGAAUAAGAUGUUAAAUGAGUCAAAAAAGAGUUCAAACAUAUCUUCACAUUCUACUCCUGCAACUACACCAGUGAAGCAAGAGAGGGAACACGAUAAACCAUUGCCACCUUCAUCCCCAGAUCGUAAGAUUGGACAAAAGAUUGGUAUGAGAUUGAGAAACUUGUUAAAGUUACCAAAGGCGCACAAAUGGGUCUGCUAUGAAUGGUUUUAUAGCAACAUUGAUAAGAUAUUGUUUGACGGCGAUAACGACUUCAUGAUAUGUCUAAAGGAAUCUUUCCCACAAUUGAAAACUCGCAAACUCACUCGUGUUGAGUGGUGCAAGAUCAGGAGGAUGAUGGGCAAGCCGCGACGAUGCUCGCAAUCCUUCUUUGAAGAAGAAAGACGCGAGCUAGAGAGAAAACGACAGAAAAUACGGAUGCUUCAGCAAAGGAAAGCAGCAGACAUAAAUAGUUACAAGGAUUUGCCACCUGAAAUACCGUUGCAAUUAGUAAUUGGUACAAAAGUAACAGCGAGAUUGAGAAAGCCACAAGAUGGUUUAUUCACCGGAAGCAUCGAUGCCGUCGAUACCAGCAAUAAUACUUACAGAAUCACGUUUGAGAGAGCUGGACUUGGAACACAUAGUGUGCCCGAUUAUGAAGUUUUGUCGAACGAACCGCCGGAAACAAUUAGCGUGGCUUCGUUUGCUCAGAAAUUCAGACCACGAAAUGUACAGUAUGUACCUUCGCCACCAUACGCAUUGAAACUGGCGCCGCGAGUAACCAACGAUCCUUUAAUAUCCAACGCAUCUGUAUCUCUACCAAAGAAAUCGCAUAUCGGUGGCACGGUGAAUGGUUAUCCGCUAAGGUUAUUAGAACUCAUGGUAAAGGUAAACAAGAUAUUGACAGCUAAAAAGAUUAAAAUCAAGAAAUUGAAAGAUAUGAAUGGUGAAGCCGAAAAGAGACGUUCCUUCGGAGAGUCGCUUCCUCCCGAUUUUGAGAGAAAAUAUGCGGGAAUUGUUGUUGAGCUAGAGAAAAUGAACGUAGCUCUCCAAGAUUUUCUCAAUGAUGUUCAAGAAUUGUGUCAAGAAAUGGCACCCGAGCCGAGUGUAGCGGCGAUGUUAGCACCAUCGCAUUUGAGAGAAAAGUGCAGACAAGAAGCAGCAGAUAUGGUAGCCAGGAACAACAUGAUGAACGAUAAAGAACCCGGAAAGAUGAAUCAGUUGGUAACAGACUUAACCGCGCUGAUGCUACAAGUUAAAAGUUUAUCAGAUUCUGACCGGAACGCUUACGAACUCAAAGUAUUACAAGGUACGAUGGAGCAAAUCAGAUCGAAACUCAGUCCUCAAAACCAGCAAGUGUUUCAAAAUUGCGUAGAAAUUCACAUGCAACAUAUUCAACUAGGCCUAGGACAGAUCGGUGCUUUGACCCCAUUCAUGGCUCAAAAAGCUUGAAAGAAAGAAAGAGAUAAAAGUAUCAUCGUAUAAGUAUUUUCGCGCAGUGUACAGUGUGUAACGAACGAAACAAGAGAUUAUGCGGUCUCACGAUUUUUAUAGGAAACGAGAAACCAGCUUUAUUUUCUCAUGUUAUAUAAGCCAUAAUAUUGUCAUGUGAACCACACUUCUAUUUACACGAUAUCUAGAAUUUAAGAUAAUUAUGUUAAUUUUGUACAUAUCGAGUAUACUUUCAAACACUUGUUUCUCUUUUUCAAUUUCAUGACACACUCACGAGAAUACUUAGAACAGAUUCGUAUAUUGUUGGACAUAUUAAACAUCUAAGAAUGUUCAUGUUUCAGAUUUUUACAUACUAAAUGUACAAUUUAAUUAUAGAGAUAAUAUAAGCAACAAUUGAAUCAGAUGCGAAGAUAGUGUAUAAUGCAUGAAUAAUAAUAAUUAAAUUCUUUAAAACCUACAAAAUUUCUACAUUUGUACAGUCGCUUUAUAUAGAGGUUAAUAUAUUAAGAUUUUAGUGCAAAAGAAAAUUAAGAAUUUUUAUCAUUUAGAAGAGAAAUUUAUUUGAUCUUUUAUAAUCUGUAUCUAAAGAUCAUAUACGCGAAUAUUAAAUCUUGGUAUGCCACAGAAAAAUUGCUAAAUCAUAUAAUCUUGGAGUACAUGUACUAAAUUAUAAAUUACUGAGAUAUAUAUUUAUAUUUCGCGAACAAUAUUUUCAUCGGCACCGAUGAUAUCUGUGUUCACCGAUAGAAAUUUUUUUAAGUAUGAAAUAAUAUUUAAUGUAUUAUAAACAUUCGUACUAAUAAGAAUUUGUGUAGAAAGUUGUGUGUAUGUGUGUUUCGUGUACACAAAAUAUUUUAUAUAUAAAUAAAUAUGCUAUAUUAUAAAUUUUUUUUUCAUAAAUCGCUGAAUACAUAUCAUCGGUCAAGUUUAGCAUUACUGAAAACAUUAGUGCUAAUUUGCCAGUGAUGUCAAACUAUUUCUUACAUAUUUAUUUAGUCGAUACACAAGUCGUACAUACAUAUAUGAUCCAAAGAAGAUAUAGUUUUGAAUAAAACAAAAAGGGAAAAAAUUUCGGGACAUAAACAAUUUCGUUACAUAUCUAUGUAUGAAUAUACACAAACUGUCAGUAAUAAUUUUACAUAUAAAAUGAAUCGCUUCAUCCUGAAUAUUCAUUAAUUUUCGAUUGUGCAAUUUAUUUUAUAGUAUAAUUGCUUAAAUAUUUUCAAUAUUCAACAUAAUGUUAGUGAAGUGGUAUACUGAAUAUUUCUACGCUUAAUUACUUUGACAAUUAUUAUAGGCAAGUCAAAGAAUCGAUUUUGUAAAGGGGUACCCUGGUAAAUAUCUGAUGUAAUAUACUAGAAAAGCAAUCUAUGUGCUUCUUUUCUUAUGCUUGUAAUCAAUAUGAUAUAAUUUUUGUGCAUUUAUAAUUAACUGUAAGAAUAGUAAAGAAUAUUUCAGUAGUCAUCAUAACAUACACUAUAUAUCUCUGCUAUGUACAUAUAUUUCCAAUGUAUUAUUAUUACAUCAAUGAUACAAUGGUGAUGCUUAUUUCACAUAUUAUAUAUAUAUAUAUAUAUAUAUGUAUGUAUAAAUUGGAGCAGCCUUUUAGAAAUGAUCAAGAGUCCUUCCUCAUUAAACAAAAUCUCACUAACAAGAAAACAAAAAAAGUAAUUACAUUUAUAUACAAUUUUUUCAAAGCAACAGCGGGGAUAUAAAUCACUCGUCAAUAAGAAAUUUCAUUGUUCAAUUUAUAUUAAUGUUGCGUGGUAGUAUCUAAGUGUAAUGUAUUUUUCUGGGCAAUCAUCAAAUUUACAUUUUGUGGAAUGAUAAAUAAAGAGUUUGAUAAAACUCCUAAUUAAUAAGUUUCUCGUUGAUAAAUAUGAAUUUACUAUUUAUAAAAUAAAUUGAAGCUUGAUAUUAUACUGGUAAAAACAUUGUAACAUUGAAGUUAUAAAAGAAGCAACAUACGCAUA